AGAACAGAGAACAACAUGGACAGUGGCAAAAAUGAAAAGGUGGCGCAGAAAGAAAUGCAUCUAUAAAGUGGCAAGUUCUUCAGGCAGACUGUGUAAAGGGUUAAUAGGAGGUGGACUUGAUCAGGAGCAUUCAGGCUCUUCUGAAGAAAACCGCAGCUCAGGUUGUCGCUCAGAUCAAGAGGAACCGAAGCGCCCAGCAAACAUUAGAGAUGGACUGGUCUGAUAAGUGUCAGGCCUACAGCUUUGACGACACCUGUGGGAGAAACAAUAACAUGAGUCCAGACACACAGCAGCAUCCCAGUUCUGCCACCAUGCAGGAGCACGUUUCUACCCCCUCAUCAUGGACAAAGUUUACUCAAGACAACCUGUCCAUGGCCCUGCAGGAGGAUCAUGCCACCAAGAGUCUCAGAAUGCUUGUGGAGCAAAUGCUGCAGGACACCACUGAGGAUCUGAGAGUCCAAUGCGCCAGUGUGGACCGAGCCUUCAGCCUGCGCUGUGAGGACCUUAUUGAGGCCAAGACCCAGCUCGAGAUGAAGCUGGCUCAGACUCUGGAGCAAAUUGGUGCCCAGGAGAAGAACAUUGAGGUCCUACAGCGGGCCGUCCACAACAAGGAGGCUCCACUGAGGGUGGCUCAGUCCAGACUCUACCUUCGCUCUCUCAGACCAAACAUGGAGCUCUGCAGGGACCAACCCCAGCUCAGUCUGGAGGGAGAAGUGAGGCAGAUUGAUGCCUCCUUGGAGUCUCUGAAGCAGAAGCUGAGUGAAGCCAGGAGCUCCCUGUCCCGUCUGGAGGAGUCAAGGAUGGCUCUAGAGAAGGACAUAAGCUGUAAAACCAAUUCACUGUUUAUUGAGAGGGAAAAGUGCAUGAUUCACCGUAAACGAUACCCAACCGUCUCAGUGCUCUCAGGAUACUGAACUUGACUACAUAAUUUGGGAUGGUUCUGCUUGACAGUUUGAACAGUAUCAUGUGAAAAGUUAAAAUCUUGGAACAUUGUUUUAUAACCCAAGUCUUAUAUCUCCACAACUUUAUUCCUGACCUGUUUGUUGUUUUCCUAGAGGCUCCCACAUAUACUGUGUCGCCGUGACUCCAUGAACAACGUCUGUAGAGAGUUGAAAUUUCAUAAUCGAGGGUAUCGAUUUACGAAAUUUAUCUCAACAAAUUCCUUCAUUUCUCACAAUUUCAGACAUGGCAUCAACAAACACGGAGGAUGUGUGACACAGAGUAUGGGUACUAAGUUUUAAAAAUGUACCUUUGUCCGCUUUGAGUAUGCAGGGGCUUCAACAGAGUGAAGUGUGCCUGAGUAUCUGAGAGCCUUUAGUCUUCUUGAUGCUGUUUGCUCAUUAUUGCUAUAUAACAAAUGGCUAAAGUCUUCAAAUAAUUUUUUUUCUUCCACUUCACUACUUUGAACUGUUCUAUGAAAUAUAAAAUCACAUUCCAAUAAAAGUUUGUUUGUUUGUAAC